CAAUGUCGCUUCCAAAGAACUAAAAUGUCUAACAAACAUGCUCUGCUUGGUUCAGAAGAAACUGAGGAAGCAGGUCUCAGGAUGGUUCUUSUUGGAAAAACUGGCUGUGGAAAGAGUGCAUCAGGAAACACCAUCUUAGGAAGAAAAGUUUUUAAAUCAAGGCUUUCUCCUUCAUCUGUGACAUCAGAAUGUCAAAAAGAAACUGGACAAUUCAGAGGUCAGCGUCUGUCAGUGGUUGAUACUCCAGGUUUGUUUGACAACUAUAAAAGUGAACGAGAAGUGAAGAAGGAGUUCUUCAGAUGCAUUUCUUUUCUUGCUCCUGGUCCUCAUGUGUUCCUGGUUGUGAUCCAGSCAGCCAGAUUCACAAAAGAAGAAGAAGAUAGUGUAAAGCUCAUUCAGAAGGCUUUUGGAGCAAAAUCAUCAGMUUACACCAUGGUUCUGUUCACUCGGGGGGAUGAUUUGGAGGCAGACAGGGUCUCAGUGGAACAAUUUAUUUCUGAAAAUSCAUCUCUCCGUAACCUCAUCCAGCAGUGUGGAGGAGGAUAUCACGUCUUUAACAACAGGAGUGAGGAUCCAUCUCAGGUCAAARAGCUGCUGGAGAAGAUCAGGAGGAUGAACGAUCUAAAUGGAGGAAGUUAUUACACCAAUGAGAUGCUGAAGAGAGCUGAGAAAGCCAUAAGAGAAGAAACGACAAAACUUCUGAAAAAACAGUCACAGAUGGGGCRGGCUGAAGCAAGAAGAAAAGCAGAAACAGAUAACAAGUUUAUUKUAGCUGCAUUGGGAACUGGUGCUUUAGGUUUUGUUACAGGUGUUCUUAUUGGAG